UUGAUGACGUAGUUCACAAACAGGGGGUCCUCCGAAGACUUAUUAUUUUUCUGUAAAUAAUCUUGCGAUGUAGCACUUGCUUAUUGCAUAUAAUUAACGCAUUGUUUCAUAUAAGCUACCUACUCUACCCUACACGGAUUAUGUACGACCAACUGCUACCAAAAUGAAAUAAGGAGAAGAUGAGAAGUGGAUGCCAUGGAUUCUGCAAAGAUGUGUCAGUAGUUUGAUGGUAAAGAACGUUAACCAGUAAAUCAGAACUAAAACACCAGCCAUGAGUAUGAUGCACAAUGUGUCUCGGGCAGUCCAUGAUCGAGUCAAUCCAGUUGUACUCAAGACAAUGCACUGCAGUUGUGAGGGACCUGUGAAUGCUCUGGCCAUCAACCGUGACACAUCUCUUGCAGUUGUCGCAGGCCGCAAUGUAUUCAAAAUAUUUGGGAUAGAAGAUGAAAGGUUUGAGGAGAAAAUGAAUCUUCGUGUUGGACGAAAUGUGAACCUCAACUUCAGUGCAUCAGAUGUCAGCUGGAAUCAAAAUGAAGACAACAUUUUGGCGUCUGCCGCUACCAAUGGGGCAGUCGUUUUAUGGGAUAUAAACAGAACAAGCAAAUCCAAACAAGAUUAUGUGUUCACGGAUCAUAAUCGUACAGUGAACCGUGUGCGUUUCCAUGAGAACGAGGUGAAUUUACUUCUGAGCGGUUCUCAAGAUGGAUCAAUGAAAUUAUUUGACGUGAGAAAGCGAACAGUCUCUACAACAUUUGUAUCUGGAAGCAGCGUCCGUGACGUCCAGUUUUGUCCAAGUGCAUUUAGCUACUUCCACUUUGCUGCUGCUGAUGAAAGUGGAAAUAUUCAGAUCUGGGACAUGAGGCAGCCAGACCGUGUACAGAAACAGAUUACUGCACAUAGUGGCCCAGUGUUUAGUAUAGACUGGCAUCCCGAGGACAGGAACUGGAUCGGCACGGCAGGCCGGGACAAAUCAAUAAAGGUAUGGGAUUUGCAGAAAAACAAGCUUAUGUAUACAAUUCACACAGUGGCCUCAGUAAUGCGGAUACGAUGGCGGCCUCAGAGGCGUUACCAUAUUGCUAGCUCCUCCCUCCUCGUCGAUUUCAGCAUCAAUAUCUGGAACAUCCAGCGACCUUACAUACCCUUUGCAGCCUUUGAGGAACACAAGGAUGUCACAACAGACAUCGUCUGGAAGAAGGAAGAUCCCCACAUGUUCUACAGCUGUAGUAAAGACUGCACAUUGUACCAACACGUGUUCAAGGACGCCAAACGACCAGCUGACCUCGUCACACCAUCCGGAAUCGACAUGAACCUUGACUACACUGUAUCCCAUGCCCACGGAGAACGUACACUUUCCACAGACAAACUCAGCUCCGGGAAGUUGUCGAUAUUUCAGAAGAAGCCGUCCCGUAGCGACCAUUUCACACAGGCCUAUAGCACGCUACAUGUUCACAACUGUGAUAAACACGAGACCUCAUUGUCCAUGGACUGGUUUCGAGAUUCUGCUCAACGGUAUCUGCUGAAAGGGUUUUCACUAGACAAACUUUGUGAACACAACGCUCAAGUAGCUGAGAGUCAAGGUCGCUACCAGGUGGCUCAGAGUUGGAGGAUGUUGAUGGUGAUGUACUCACAAAGUCUUUACAUGGAUCCACAGUUCCGAACCCUCUCCAUGGUCUCCAAUAGCAGUGAUAAACCCGAAACAGACAAAGGGAAAAAGGAUAAUCAAAAAGCUGAUCAUCAAGAUCUGGAUAACAACGAAAUAACAUCUGGAGGAAGUGACGAGGACUCAGACAAAGAAAUCAUUAAAGAGAAUCUUUCGAGUAUUGCACGAGGACAGCCUUCCACAGAGUGGGACAUCCUGUUUGACGGGGAUCAACUAACCUAUGACUCCCUAGGGGAUUUGGACAAGGGAUUACAGGAGCUCACUCUGCCAAAUGAAGCCUUCGUACCUCGCCACGAGAUAAAAGAACAUCCCAACCCCCUAGAUUCCAUGGCCAACGGCCACGAUUCUCCCACCAGUGCAAAUGAGAGUGAGGGCAACAUGCAGAGUCUUCAACACAGCUCAAGGUCAAAUGUUGACGAAGAGGUCCUUGUCACGUUCUCCAACGACAUGAACGUCCCAAACUUUGGAUUCACAAAUCAUGUUGUAGACAUGAUGUACUUUUACGCCGAACAGGGUGAUGUACAGACUCCAGUGUGUAUGCUGCUUGUAUUGGGACAAAAAAAUCGCCCAGAAAUUGACAUCGCUACUCAGGAGAAUUGGUUCAUGUCUUAUAUAGACCUCCUGGGAAGAUUCAAGUUAUGGACGGUCUCCAAUGACAUCAUCAAAAUGAGUUACCUCCCCCAAAUCUCGAUGAUGAACCAACAGUCAACACGCAUUCCCUUACACUGCUCGACGUGCAAUAAAGUGCUGUCACGUGUUGGAUGGCUCUGUGAUCGAUGCAAGGUCGUCAUCAACACUUGUGCCUUGUGUCACCAUCCUGUGAAAGGUCACUUCCUGUGGUGUCAAGGAUGUUCCCAUGGCGGCCAUUUACAGCAUAUGGCCAACUGGUUUUCCACCCGAAAAUUCUGUCCUGCAGGCUGUGGACAUAUGUGUGAAUUCACAUGAAAUCCAUGUGAAUUUUACUUAAACCUGGUCUGUGAUUUUAUCUAAUUUAACUUGUAUAUGAUUCAUGAAAUGCCUAUGUGAAUAUUUGUGAAUUUGAAUGUGUUCAUUCCUAAAAACAUAUUUAUGUGAACUUGUAUGAAUGACUGAUAGAAUACAUGAUUCACAAGAAGCACAUGUGAAUAUUUAUGUGAAGUUGUAUAAAUGCUGGAAUAGUAUGAAUUACAAUACAUGUAUGUAUAACUCAAUGUAUUGCUACCCUUUGUACGGCCAAACUCAUGAUAGCACCAUCAGUUUAAUAAGGACAGAAUUCCUCACUCUUACAUGCCACGCUCGCAUAAUACUAAAUAACAUGAUGAUUUUAAAACAGUUCUACAGAUAUCUCAUCGUGAGCCCUUGAUAACACUUCCACACCUACACUGUUUAAGUAGGCAGAACCCUUUGGUCCUCUGGGCUCAAGUUCAUGUUAACUGUACAGUAGGCAGUAAUCUGGGUCACAAGGACAGUUAUACAAAUGCGUGUGCCUUAUUGUUUAUGCAUAAGUACAGAGCUUUCACCUUUGUAUGUUACUGUUGAGAUUUACAAUGUAAUACAGAUUUAAUUAACAAAUAUGCAGAUGGCCUGAUGUAAUAAAUCUGUUACAAUACCAGUAAACCAACAAUGAACUUAGUUUACUAAUUGACAAAGACAGGUUUAUGUUUAUAUCAUUUGAUGAUAUUGUGUUUAUUUGAUGAUAAGUCCAUGCCUGGUAACAAGCCCAUGUCUGGUAAUAAGCCCAUGACCGGCAAUAAGCCCAUAUCUGGCAACAAACCUAUAUCUGGUAAUGAGCCUAUAUCUGGU